AAUCCCAUCAUCUGGGACCUGGACGCCGACAUAGACCGGGAAUUGAUGCGGACUCCUGCACCUCCGGAAUGCUCGUCCCACCUGAAGUUCAUCCCUCCGACCCUCCAGGAUAGAGUGAUCAGAUGUCGCUCCUAUGAGGACUGCUGUGGGACUCGCUGCUGUGUCCAAGCGCUGUCCAUCCAGAGACUAUGGUACUUCUGGGUGCUGUUAAUGAUGGGGGUGUUGUUCUGCUGUGGUGCCGGCUUCUUCAUUCGCAGGAGGAUGCAUCCAUCGCCCCUGAGAGACGAGUCGGCCUUUAAUGUCUCCUUCACCAGGCACCCUGCCACCAGUCCGGUUUCCCAGCAACCAGGGGGCAUGCAGGGCUUCGGGGUCAACGGGAUGACAGGAGGAAACCCAGGCGUUACGAUGAUGCAGCCUGCCUACCCUGCACAGCCUGGCUCCACCCACAUGAUGAUGGCUUCCUAUCCCCCUCCUCCAUCCUACUGCAACCACCCACCACCUUCAUAUGAACAAAUAUUUCAAAACAGUGACAAGAAGUAAGGUCCUCCAGGAAGUGGAGGAGGGAGGGCAUUGUGACAAAGCAAGUGAAGAGGAGGAGCACUUGUCUAGUCUUUGCAGCAGAAUACUAUCUACUUAUAGAUAUCAGAAGUGGAAAACAGAGUUACAGACUUUCUCACGCUCAUACACCACCACCAACACACACUGGCCUCACUGUAUGUGGAUAUUUGGUCAGAAGAGGACGAGUCAGGAUGGACCUGGAUGGAUGAAGGCUUUGAGUUCUCCACCUUCCUAAUGAGGCCACAGUUAAACCUGGAAAAUAGAUGCCAUACUCACUGAUGGAAUAUUAACAUGCUGGCUCUGGCGUUCUGUGAAAACUGCUCAUAAACUGUUUCAAUUAAAAGGAUAAAAAGACAGACACAUUUGUUCCAGCAUUUCAGUGUGACACAGCUCUUUAUUAAAGAGUUCUUGAUGCUUUUCUUUCAUCAUUACGAAAAGUAUCAACGGCCACAGCAGCAGUCCGAGGUUCAUUCCCCCUGGAAACGGUUUUUAGGGUCGCAUGGUGGGUGGUGUGGUCAGCACUGUGACACCACAGCAAGAAGGUUCCUGGUUCGAGCCUCAGCUGGGAGGGAGGGGUUCGAACAGCGGCCUUUCUGUGUGGAGUUUGCAUGUAUGCUUGGGUUCUCUCCGGCUUCCUCCUACAGUCCAGAUACAUGCAUGCUAUCUUAACUGGUCACUCUAAAUUCUCCCAGUGUGAGCGGUUGUUAGGAAUAUAACUGGGUUUGCUGACCAUGCACCUCCACGCACAGGUGACAUUCUCCACUGGUAAAGUUCGGGGUGACACACUGGAAAACCUGAAUACUUUGUUUUCUGGAACCUUCUUUGUUCAUGUGAACUUGGAAUUUUUGUGGAAUUUUUCUUUAUUGUAACAAUAAACCUGCUGUUGAAAAGUCAGUUUAUUUCCAUUUCAGAUGGAGCAAAAUUUAUUAGGAAAAUGUAUUUGUGGGAUGAGCAGCAGGGUUGAUAAUGUAGGUAACAUUCACGAAAAAGUUUAAUUUUCUCUGCAAACAGCUGAUUAUUGUCCUGAAGAAACAGGGCACAUUGGUAAUUUAAUGUUUUCACUUAAUUACACAGUAGCAUGUGGAAGAAACAUGCACAGCCACAAGAGCUGUAAACAAAACUAAACGAGACAGCAACAGAAUAAGCUGCUUGCAGGGAACAUUUGGUAAGUUUUGGUGGUCACAACCCACAUACUCAGCACUGCUGCCCAUGCCACAGAUAAAUUUUCCUUACAAAUGUGGCUCCAUUUAAAAUGGAAAUAAACAACAAUAUCAGAUUUAUGGCCAAGAAGCUUUGUCACAACUUCAAAAAAGUAAAGUUUAUUUAUAAAGUGCUUUUCACAGAUAAAAAUCACGCAGUGCUGGACAUGAAACGACUGCAAUAAAACAGAAUAAAAAUUAAAUAAAAUAACAACAUCAACCAAAAGCUUUCCUGAAUAAAAUCGUCUUCAGCUGCUUUAAAAGAGUCCACAGUCAACCACACAAAGGAACAGAGGCAAGUCCUUCCAGAGUCUGGGGACUACAGCCUGAAAAGCCAGGUCUCCCGGGUUUUAAAUCUGGUCUUUGGGGCCUUCAGGAGGCUCUGGCCUGAAGACUGAAGGGUGCUCCCUGAGGAGCAGGGCCACAGCGAGUCACCCCCUGGGAAGUUAAAACUAAUUAAAACUUAUAUAUUUGACUGGACGCCAACAAAGUCUUAUAAAAUAGGGGUGAUGUGGAUGUUUUGGGUGGACCUGAACCUGCUGAGUCGCCUUAUUGACACUAGUGAAAACAGAAUUACAAUUAUCAACACGAGAUGAUGAUGAUGAUGAUGAAUGAUCAUUUCACGAUCUGACAACAUUCUGCGAACUUUAGAGACAGAUCUCAGAUGAUAAAAAUAGUCUUUGUUCAGCUCUCAGGAACGACCCUCCAAAGACAGCUGGAUCAAACACAACCCAAGGUUUCAGAAACUGGUUUAGAAAGACCAGAGAACAAGAUGGAUGGAUGAGGAGCAGUGAUCAGACUUUAUGUUGCUUGAAUAUAUCUGAAGGUAAUAUGAAAAGAGCCAGUUGUUGAUGCAAGACAUCCAUUCCAUAAAGAUAAAACGUGAAACUGAGCCAUUGCAGGAACAAUUGAACAUCAUCAGCAUAAAAGUGAUAGGACACAUUUUUUAAUCCACGAAUCAGCUGACCAAGAGGCAUCAGGUACAAAAAAUAAAGUAGGACCAAGAACAGAACUCUG